UUAAUAAUUUAAAUUUCGAAAAAAAAAAGUUUAAUAAAAUGGAGCUAGAAGAACUAAUGUCAAACCGAGCACUUCUAGAAAAAAUGACUGAAGCCAAUAUGCAUACAAAUAAUUUUAAGAUACCACCAAAAAACCAAGUUGUUACACAAAAUAGCAUAAAACCCAAAGAGAUGUGUAUUAGUUACAAAAAAUCAAACGUGUUUACUGUUGCCACAAAGGAACCAAAGUGUGAAGAGCUAGAAGUCGAAAAAGGUAACGCUUGUAAAUUACCAACAAAAUUAAAAAGGUUAUUUCAAAUCAUGUGGAUAUUGAUUCUUUUAUGCUACAUAUUUGGGAUGCCAGUUAUAUUAUAUGGAAUAUAUAAAAAAUUAGUAGAAACUAAAAUUAAAAUUACAGUUCUGGAAAAUAAUUUGGGUGCUAGUUUUAAAAACAAACAUAUAAAUGACGUGCUAAAAAACAAACAAAUAAAGGAUGCGCUAAAAGAUCCAAAACAAGGUGAACAAGAAAAAGAAGACUUAUCGAAUAGUUAUUUUGUUAAUAAUAUUGAAAAAGAUUAUAACUACCCAAGUGGAAUGGAAAAACGUCUUAUUUUACUCACAAACAAUGUUGGAAAAACGAUGGAGGUAUACAUGCAAAGGAUUAACUAUCUAGAAUCUAUAAAAAUCUGGUUUAAUAAUGCAAAGUUCAAUUCAUUGCUAAAUCAAAAAGAUGAAUGCACUUGUCACGUUUCAGGCGGAAUACCAAAAAAAUCAAAUACAGAAAGCAAUCAAGGACCACCUUUUGCAACCGAAUGUGACUGUCAAUAUAUUGAUCGAGAAAGUAAUGAAGGACAGAAAUUUUCUGAAUCAGUUCUGAAUCAACUACCUAGAGAAUCAAAAGUUAAUGAAUUUCAGGUUGGAGAAAAAGGAGAACAAGGAACAAAAGGGGAAACAGGAAUUUCUGGGAAGCCAGGCAUUAAUGGAACUUGUUCAAGCUGCGCCUUUACUAAAUACCAUAUAACAUACACCCAUUGGGGCAAAUCAUUGUGCCGGAACGAUAGAUCAACUAUUUAUAGUGGUUAUAUUGGUAGUCCUGCAAAUAUGGAUGAAGGAGGAGGUUCGAAUUACUUGUGCAUGCCUGAAUUACCAACUUAUUAUAAAAACGAUACCGUAUCCAAUAAGAAUUCACCUAUAUUUGGAGUGGAGUUUGAACUCGAGAAAUCAGAUAUAAUGGAUUUGAAAUACAAAGAGAAACAUUAUAACGCGCUAUGUUCAAUAUGUGACGUAAAUGAAAGAACAAAUUACCUUAUGAUACCAGCAGCAUUUGAAUGCCCUCCUAGUUGGCAUAAAGAAUAUACCGGUUUCCUUAUGGCUCAAAAAAAAAGUUUAAUGCGGACACAAUAUAUUUGUGUAGAUCAAGAAGCAGACUUUAUUAAAACCGUGGAAGACAGUGGAAAAGGUGGUUAUUUACAUCAUGUUCGGUUUUCUUCUAAAAUGGUCUGGGAAAUAAACUGUGUGGUUUGUACAAACUAAAAUGUUUUGAUAAUCCACAAAUUGUUAACUUUUUCCAAUUUUGGAAAGAAUUAAUCAUUUUUAUCAUUUCAGAAGAAGAGUUUUAAUGUCGUCAUGAUCGCAUUUCUUUUAACUAUUAAACUUGAAAAACAAAAAUUUUUCAAAAGUCUCUUCAAGAUCAUCCUAAAGUACAACAAGACAUAAAAGUUGUCUCUUUAAGUCCAUCCUAAAGUACUACAGUAGUACAUUAUAAAGACACUUCGUACCUUGUUCUAAUUUGUUCCCAUAAGACAGAAAAAUUUUCUGCAAAAACUUAUGUUAAAUAUGUAUUAAAAUAUACAAAAGAAUUUAAAGAUUUUUUA